AUGGCUGCCUCGCCGGCGGCCUCGUCUCGCCGCAGCGCGGCGUCCUCAUCGGCAUCGCUCAAGCGCUCCGAUGACCAUCAACCCAAGUUCCCGACCAUUUCCGUCGACACCCUCGUAAAUCAUUUGCUCGUUGCCAAGCGUUCAUUGUCCUCCAUGAACCACGUUCUUCGUGCCAACGAGCUUGCGACCCUGGCGCGCCACUCCCACGAAGAGAUGCUGCUGCUGGCGGCGCAAACCGCUUUCGUCCGAAACUACCUCCGCGAUCAAAAUUCCAUCCUCGUGCGCAUCAGGAGGAGCCUGCAGGCCACCUAUGAAUGGGGCAAAAGGGACUUUAAGAAGCUCAUCAAGGCCAUGGAUGACGUUGACGGCGCCUUGACCGGAACCAUGGACAUGCUCCGCGACACCGACGUGCAGACUCUCCUACAGCCAAACGAUGAAGAACGGAAAAACCUGUUGGAUUUUGUCGAUGAAUCCAGCGUUCAUGGCAUGCGAGAGAGUAUCCAGCAAUCAUUCGAUGGCGACUUGCUCCGCCUCGAAACUGAUAUCCGAAAUCUAGGCCAACGCAUAAACGAAUCGCACACAGAGAAACCCGGCGACGACGUACAUCUUACUCCCAUGGUUCUUUUACAGAGUCUCGACGAUCACUCGUCAGCCAUGGCACAACUCUUGGCAUCGCUAACUAAGCACUUUGACAUGUGCGUUACCGCGAUUCGCACGACCGAAGGCGCGGCGGCCCUCGUACGCAGGAAGGCUGCCGAGGUGACCCAGUCACAGAGCAGUGACGGAGUGUCAAUAUCUGGCGUCAUUGCCGAGCAAGAGUCACACGUGUCCGACCUCGAACCCAAGACGGCGGAUGACAGAGCGGAAAUGCUCAGGGUGGUUGUACAAGACGCAGACGAAGUCGAAGACGUUGUACGAGAGAUUCAAGAGCGCCUCGCGGCCAUGGAGCAGGAAUACACUUCAUUACAAGAGCUUGUAGACCAUGCAAAGGAGUCUUAUUUUGGCAUCAUUUCAGCGUUUGCAUUAGUUGGACAGAUUGGCGAUCGCAUCGACGACUAUGUCGCCGCGGAGGAGGACUUCAGACUGCGGUGGGAGCUGGAGAAGGAAGCCGUCUUUGCAAAGGUCAGGGAGAUGAGCGAAAUGAGAGACUUCUACGAGGGGUAUGCAAGCGCCUACGGCAGUCUGGUCCUGGAAGUCGAGAGACGGCGGGCCGUCGAUGAGAGAGUCCAAGGCAUCUGGCGCAAGGCCCAGGAGUCGGUGGACAAGAUACUCGAGGCGGACCGGGUCUCUAGGGAAGCCUUUCGCCAGGACGUCGGCGAGUAUCUGCCUGCUGACCUGUGGGCGGGCAUGCAGGGUCCUGCCAAGAAGUGGACGGUUGUUCGGAUCAGCGAUGACGACUCGGCUGGCGCCAGCAUGGUGGACAGACCUGAUUCGGGACAAGGAUCGAGGAUGGCGAGCACCCCCCGGCCGAGUGCUGACUAG